ACGGGUCUGUUCUGAGCUGCCACAACCACACAUAAGAUCCGCAGAGCUUCGAUCACUCAGUCGACUAGACAGCGCCACCGACCGCACGCACCUGUGACAGGUCUGUGAAGCACUAAUGUAGCCUUCCCAGUGGGCACGGAAUGGAUCAAGAACAUGGCGAACAGUAAUCCACUUAGAUCACCGUCCUCCACCCUCAGUGAGGUCAACCUGGGACCAUCAGCCAACCCACAUGCCAAGCCCACUGACUUUGAUUUCUUGGCUGUUAUUGGAAAAGGUACCUUUGGGAAGGUCCUGCUUGCCAAACUCAAAGCUGACAACAAAUUCUAUGCUGUCAAAGUUUUACAGAAGAAAGUCAUCUUGAAGAAAAAGGAGCAAAAGAACAUAAUGGCAGAGAGAAAUGUGCUACUGAAGAGUCUGAAGCACCCUUUCCUAGUGGGCCUCCACUAUUCCUUCCAGACCCCAGAGAAGCUCUACUUUGUCCUGGAUUAUGUCAAUGGGGGAGAGCUCUUCUUCCACCUACAGAGGGAGAGAUGCUUCUUGGAACCCAGGGCUCGGUUCUAUGCUGCUGAAGUUGCUAGUGCCAUCGGCUACCUUCACUCCCUCAACAUAGUUUACAGAGAUCUGAAGCCAGAGAAUAUUCUCUUAGAUUCUCAGGGCCAUGUGGUACUAACAGACUUUGGGCUGUGUAAAGAGGGUGUGGAGCCAGAGACCACCACGUCUACUUUCUGUGGAACACCUGAGUAUUUGGCUCCUGAGGUUCUGCGUAAGGAGCCCUAUGACCGUACAGUGGAUUGGUGGUGUUUGGGAGCUGUGCUCUAUGAGAUGAUCUAUAGUCUUCCCCCUUUUUACAGCCGGGACGUUUCUGAGAUGUAUGAUGGCAUCCUGCACAAGCCUCUGCCGCUGCCCCCAGGGAAGUCAGACGCGGUGUGUAGUCUGCUUCGGGGCCUCUUGCAGAAGGACCAGCACCGCAGGCUGGGAGCCAUUGCAGAUUUUUUAGAAAUCAAGAACCAUGUGUUCUUCUCCUCCAUUAACUGGGAUGACCUGUACCACAAGCGAAUUACUCCACCAUACAACCCCAAUGUGAAAGGACCAGCAGAUAUGCAGCACAUAGACCCAGAGUUUACCAGAGAGAUGGUGCCUAGCUCGGUGGGCCGCACUCCUGACCUCAACGCCGGCACCAGCAGCUCCAACGCCUUCAAUGGCUUCUCCUACGUCUCUGGUGAUGACAGCUUCCUCUAAAACAGGGAGGUCCCUUUCAGCAAUACCACUGCCUAAGCUUGAAGUAGUCUCCCCUAGCGAUACGUCUAGAAUAUGAUUCCUCAACCCUAAAUCCUGAUCUAAACUCUUUAAGUCUGUAGGAUAAAAAUACAUUAUUGCACAAGUACCUCAAGAAAGGCAAAGAGAUUUUAGAAAUAAAAAGCACCUCUCAGUUACUGCUUUUACUAAAGGUGUGUGCUCUAUGCGUUUCAUGUCUUUACUGUCCCCUUGUCUCUGCUUGGUGGGUGGGGUAUUUUCUUAGGACAAAGUCCUUUGCCACAUGUAAUAACAUGCUGGUCCUUUACUAAACGUAACACCUGAAGGGGGACUACACUGAGGAAAUGUGAAGACAGUACAUUUCCCCAGGUCCAGAGUAGGUAACCUCAGUCCUGGAGGGCCCAAGCACUCAGACCUGGGUUACCAAAUAAACUGUUUCAGCUCUCCACCCCCAAGGUUGCCUACCCCUCUUAACAGGGGUGUUCAACUUGUGUCCUACAAGGUCCAAAUCCUCCUGGGUUUCUGUUCUACCUGAAAAUGAUCAUACCUGGCAUCUCAGAUCUAACUCAGUGCCUCAUUAGAUGUAACAAUGAAAACAAGUUAUCCAGAGUUAAGUUUGAGAGGUCUAGAAGUAGUCUCAGGUUCUAAUGUUUUGGUAUAAAGAUUAAGGUGGGCUAAUUAUUAGAGUUUAGCAGACAUGGUUUCUGCUCAAGAAGUGCUGUUAUUACAAACAAUUCUAAACUAUUCUUAUUUUUAAUUAAACUGUUGAGUAAUAUAUAGUGGUUCAUUAUUGAUUUAGACAUGCUGCAUGUACUAUAAGUUUAACAAAUAUAUAUGUAUACUCAAGUGUAUGGGUGUUUCCAAUCUUUUGACUGGUACUGUAUGUUAGCUUGACAAAAAUGUGGCGUCCAGGCAUGCUUAAAGAGCAGUGUACCCAAAUUACAAAAAUACUUAUACUGUAAGGAGGUUUUUGUAAUGUGCGUAAACAAUCCCUUUAAUAGCAAUAUAUACUGUACCAAGGACAUCGUCAUACAACUGCAAAGCUUUGUGCUCUGAUGUUAUUAACCUUUUAAACCAAAUGAUGAUUGUAAUAACACUACAGAUGAUUUUACUGUUGACCCAUGUCUGCCCCAUGUUAAAGUUGACUGACGCUCAGUGAAGUAUGUGUACAUAAAAUGUUCCAAUAAAUAAUUAUAUGUUUA